CACCCCUGGCGCGCCGGUGCGGGCGGGAGGCGGGGAGCGUAGGGGCGGCGGCGGCGCAGCGGUAGCGAGCAUGUGCUACGCAGCCCAGUAACCAGGGACGACCGCGGCUACCGAGCCCCGGCGGCUGCGGCGCCCAGCCCCGCGCAACUCCCCGCCGUGGCCGCUUGCACCGCAAAGGCCUGGCCCUCGCCGGGUCCCCGAGGCCCCUUGAACCGUCAGCUGCGGUCGCGCAGCGCGCCGGAGCCCCGCGCACGGGACGCGCGGGCACGGCCAGACAAAGGCGCGGCCCCGGCCCGGCCCAGCCCGGCCUGCGGGCCUCCGCGCACCCCGGCCCGACCCAACCGCUCCCGCUGGGCGCCCCGAGCGGGUCCGGCCCGGGGAGCGGGGGCCGCGGCCGCCGAGCAUGGGGAAAUCCAACAGCAAGUUGAAGCCUGAAGUUGUGGAGGAGCUGACCAGAAAAACCUACUUCACUGAAAAGGAAGUACAGCAGUGGUACAAGGGUUUCAUUAAGGACUGCCCCAGUGGGCAGCUGGACGCCGCUGGCUUCCAGAAGAUCUACAAACAGUUCUUCCCAUUUGGAGACCCUACCAAGUUCGCCACGUUUGUUUUCAACGUCUUCGACGAGAACAAGGAUGGCAGGAUCGAGUUCUCCGAAUUCAUCCAGGCUCUAUCGGUGACCUCAAGGGGGACCCUGGAUGAGAAGUUGAGGUGGGCCUUCAAGCUUUAUGACUUGGAUAACGACGGCUACAUCACCAGAAACGAGAUGCUGGACAUAGUGGAUGCCAUUUACCAGAUGGUGGGGAACACCGUGGAGCUCCCAGAAGAAGAGAACACACCAGAGAAGAGGGUGGACCGGAUCUUUGCUAUGAUGGAUAAGAACGCUGAUGGGAAGCUAACUCUUCAGGAGUUCCAGGAAGGCUCCAAGGCCGACCCCUCCAUUGUGCAGGCGCUAUCCCUCUACGACGGGCUGGUAUAGUCCAGGCCCAGAGCUGUGAUGUGUGGGAACCACUAGCCUCUUCCUGUGCCAUGAGGCCACCGCAGCCUGACACCGCCCCUGUGCCCACCCAGCCUUCCUCGUCUCCACAAAGCCGGCCGCCCUUGAGCCUCCAGGCCCUGGCUGUCUUUCCCCCAGCCCUGCAUCCACCUGCCGCCUGAAGCCACUCGUUCCAUCGUCAACGACCUCCGCUUGUCCAAACAACGACAACCCAAACGGAAAGGCUCCAGCCCUCUGCAAACCUGAGCGCCGGGCUGUCUCCCUCAGCAGCCGUCCCGUUCUUCCUGCUGUCUGGCCUGUGUGCUUUCUUUUUUCUUUUUUUAUUUCAAAUGGACAAUGUAAAAGAAAACAAACUACCUUCUGUUCUAAAAGAUACUGACCAUUGGGAGAAGGCCUCUGUGUCUCCGAGAACUCAGUCUCUGCCUGGUCCCCUGCAGUGGUGGCCAGGGGCAGUGAGGCCACUGGCAGGCAAGGGUGUUAGCGGCAAUGACUCGCGUGAUAACAGUAUUGUGCAUUUUGUGGGGAAACUGAGGGUUUUUUUUUUAUACUCAUACAUAAUCGAUACCUUUUAUUUAUUGGUUGUUAACUAUUGCUGCUACCUUGUGUGUCUGAAACUCCCAGGAUGCUGGGCCUCCGUUUGCAUGUGCACACCCUCACCCACCUGCCCGCCACACUUGGGAGGAUGGUGGCCUGCAGCGGCCAAGAAGCCAAAAAAUCUUUUCCUUUUUUUUUUUUUUUUUUUUUCUUUCUUUCUCAGAUACUGUGCUCCGUUUUUGGAGAGGGGAAGGUAGGCAUUCCUCGAUGGCUAAUGCACUGUUCCCCCAGCUUCUGCCCUGGAGCCCCCACCCCUCUCCUCUGCACCCCUUGGAGCCCAUAACACUUUUUUUCAAGAACACACUUGGGGUGUUUUUUGUUUUUUUUAAAUUUUGCAACUUUACUCUGAUGUUUGCAGCAGAGAAAAGAUGGAGAGCCUUGCUCUGGGAGUGGGAACUGGGAGAGGGUGUCGGGCACACAGAAUAGAGUAUGAAGUGGGCUUCUCUGCGAACUGCUGGCCUCUGCCUCCUUGAUGCUAACUAAGGGGCUGGGUAGGUAUAGCGUGUGAACCCCUCUGCUCGCCUGCCUCUGUCUACCCUUUGCAGCAGCCUUCUUCCCUGCUAGGAGUCUGAGAGAGAAGGGGUAGGGAGACGGGAGCAGGCCAUGCUGCUCCUCAGGACUGAGUCCAGAGCCAGCGAGACGGCUCCAGCAUGCCACCAGGAGCACCAGGCAACCAUGGAAGAGAAGCAAGGAGCCCAAAGCUGGGCUUCUCUGGGACUUUGUAGCCUUUGCCUACUCAGUAAGCAGCAGGGCUGGGAGGCCUGGUGGUUGGCCUUGUUGAUGAUGUGUGAUUCUCAGCCUGGAGCUAGGUGUUUGUGACACCGUUCUUUGACUGUUUUGUAGGCCCCGGAGGAUACAGAAUCGUAUAAAUGACAGUGUAACCCCUAUACGGUCUUGGGACACAGCCUCGCUGCUGGAGUGUGUGGUUGGGCCCAGAGGCACCCCUUUUACCCCCUCUUUAGGAUCCCCCAGACUCGUGAGCUCCUUUGGGCUCGUCCUCACCCUGGGGAGCUUUGCCGGGUGAGCCUCCCAGCUGCAGAGGCAGACCCGAGCCCCACAGUUCUUGCUUCUGGUUUGUGUAGCCUCUCUGCCCACCGUUGAGAGGGGGAAAGCAGCCCCCGGGGCUUUUCUUCUGCUCCGAUUCCCCUGUAAUCUCCACCGUACUUCUGGGAGGCCAGAAUCUUCCUUGCUAAUGACCCGUGGGUGAGCAGCUGUCAGCUGGAGGAUUGACGUCUUCCAUCCAGAGGUGGCGUUGUCCUGCCUGUCCAUCCCCGUGAGUGAGUGGGAACGCUUAGCCAGUCCGUGCACACACCCUCUUCAUGGGUAGGCCCUUUGCUCAUGCUGUUUCCAUUGCCGGCCCACCAGAUCCCCAGGGCUCCAGUUACACAGGCAAUUUUCUUUGAGGCCUCUUUGGGUCAUCUUGCUGCCUGGUCCCUGACAGGGCCUCUAGGACGGGGAGUAGAUGUGAUGCCAUUAGCUGAAAGGAUGAGAACGGACCUCUCUCUGGAGCCUUGGUCGUCCUCUCUGUGAAUGGGCAUGUGUGGUGGCAUCAAUGGAUUCCUAGCUGAGGGUCUGUCAAGGGUUAAGCAUGGGGCUCCUCAGCUAAGGUGUUCGCUGAUGUCUGUGGGUCCAGGCUUCCUUUCAGCAUCUCGGCUUUUUGAAUUGCAUCCUCCAGUGUGGUUUUUGGCCUUCACGGUUUAUGUCCUUGGCCCAAGCCUUGGACAUUGAGACAGCCCUGGGCUGCUUUUUCCUGGCAGGGUGUCGGACACUAUUCUCGUUCAAGGACGUGUGCUGACUUACGUCUGUCCCUCUCUUUCACCAGCAGUUAGCUGAGGCACACAGCACGCCCAGAAUCUGAGGCCAGGCCUCUUCUGCGCAGCCCGAGGGCCUCUCCAAGUUCAUUUCUUUAGAGGCCUCACCCCAUCUGAUGCUGCUUUCUUUAGGGGUGUGGUCCAGCCGAUGAGGCCAGGCCCCUGGUCCCUCGGCCGACCCUCCUUUCUAGGGCCAGGAAUGCUGUGAUCCCCUCUUCCCAGCAUCUGCUGCCCACUUUGUGUCGAUGGUGACUUGGGAGCAUAUCACGACUUUUCAGUAUCUAGCCAGGUUUAAAAUAACAAGGUAAAAUAUAUGCAGCAUUGACAUCUCUUUCUUUAAAUGCUCUAUAGUUCGAUAGUUGAUUUCUGAGGAAGGUGCCUUUGCACUUUGGGGGACAUUGUCUCUUCUAGGGGAUGGCGGGGCGUGCGGUGCAUGGGAUCCCUGGCAUCUCUCCUGAGAAAGCCCCCACUGCUGGCCAAACAGAAAGCCCCCAAGAUUCUUCCCAGUGUGUUUCUACAUUUACAUGAUCCAAGGAUGCACGGGGGACGCCCCCUGGUGGUGGUGAUCCACAGUGGCACCUGGGGAUGCAGCGUUCCAGCAAGUGGUGAAGCCAGAGGUGGGAAGGCCAAGGUGGGGGCUGUGAUUCCAGAGGUCCUGGAUUCCCCAGCCUCACAUAUCUGGCAGCAUGUAUCCCACCCACCCCUCUGCUAUGUCAUCUGGGACUGGCAAGGUAGUUGGCAUAAGGGCACAGUGGGAAGCUUUGCCCUCCCGACUUUAAUUUUUUUUAAAAAAAAUAUCUGCAGAAAUAAAUCCAAUGGUUAAUUUUUGAAUGAAUAAAAGGCUUUUGUUGAAUAAACAGUUGGUCCCAUCUUCUGUCUUGGCAUUAGGUUCAGGUUUUGUCUGCUUCCCAGGGUGGGGGCCCCACCCAGCACCUCUGCAUUCCUGAACUAAGUCUCCAGAUUCCUUCGGGACUUUUACUCAUUGGAUCUGUUUCUCUAUGCCUCAGAAGGAGGUCAGCCACCUUGCAGGGGUGACAGGCCAGCGCCAUUUGAGCUGGUGCUCAUAGUGGGUCCUGCAGCUCCUGACGGAUUUUUAGGUAACUUAAAAACCCAAUCUAGGAAAGGUGACAUUUGGCUGUGGUUGUCUCCAUCCUUCCCUGCUUGCAUUCCCAGCACCCUCAGAGUCUCUUUUUGGGGUGCCGUCCUGUCUAUGUCUGGGGGGGGCAUAGGGAGGCCCUCACCUAGUGGUGCAGGCCAAGGGCGAUAGGCUUUGUUGCAUGUGCAGGUGUCCCCGCUGCUCCCGAUGUAUGUUGUCUGUGUCCGGCCAAUUAAACAUGCUUCCUGGA